CCCGGGGAAGCUUUAGGGGAAUGAGCCGCUGGACUCCUCAGCCAGUCUGCCCUUUCCAGUCAAUGAAAAAGACAUAGGGUUUGAGGUUCCUUCCGAAACGGGGCAGGCUAAUUUAGCUCCUCCCACGAGCCCGAGGGUCUGUUAUAUCUCUGUUCCUUGAGUACCUCUCUCACUAAGACCGACCACAGCAAGCAGAGGCUGAAAAAUAAAGAGCAAAAGAGGAAGAAAACAAAAGCUGCCAAUUAUGGAAGAUAGAAGGGAGUCUGAACUGAAGAGAUUUUGCUCUAGAAACAUACUGAGCAUCCUUGGCUUCUCUUCUAUCAUCGCUGUGAUAGCAUUGCUUGCUCUGGGGCUGGUCCAGAACAAACCAUUGCCAGAAAAUGUCAAGUUUGGGAUUGUGCUGGAUGCGGGCUCUUCUCACACGAGUUUGUACAUCUAUCAAUGGCCAGCAGAAAAGGAGAAUGACACAGGGAUGGUGAGUCAGGUAGAAGAGUGCAAGGUACAAGGUCCCGGAAUUGCAAACCAUGUUCAAAAAUUAAGUGAAAUAGACGUUUAUCUGGCUGCAUGCAUGGAAAGAGCCAAGGUAGUGAUUCCAGCACCCCAGCAUACAGAGACACCUGUUUACCUGGGAGCCACGGCAGGCAUGCGGUUGCUCAGGAUGAAGAAUGGAUAUUUGGCAAGCAAGAUCCUGGCUGUGGUGACAAGCAGCAUCAGCAACUACCCCUUUGACUUCCAGGGCGCCAGAAUCAUCACUGGCCAAGAGGAGGGCGCCUAUGGCUGGAUCACUACCAACUAUCUGCUGGGCAGAUUCACUCAGAAAUCGAGUUGGUUUAACCUAAAGCCAACUGGAGGUGAACCUCAGGAAACCUAUGGAGCUUUAGACCUUGGGGGAGCCUCUACACAAAUCACUUUUGUGCCCAAAGACAAAACGAUGGAGUCACCAGACGACACUCUGCACUUCCGCCUCUAUGGCAGGAACUACAGUGUAUACACACACAGCUUCUUGUGCUAUGGGAAGGAUCAAGCUCUUUUGCAGAAACUAGCCAAGGACGUUAGGAAUACAGAUGGAACCAUCAGUGACCCUUGCUUUCACCCUGGAUACCAGAGGAAAAUGGUUUUAGCUGAUCUGUAUGAAAGUCCCUGCACCAGGAAAUUUGAGACGUUUCUUCAAUUUGAUGAAAUUAUAAUCCAAGGCACUGGGAAUUAUCAACAGUGCCAGCAAAGCAUCCUUCAACUCUUUAACACCAGUUACUGCCCUUACUCCCACUGUGCCUUCGAUGGGAUUUUCUUGCCACCAGUCCAAGGGGAUUUUGGGGCAUUUUCAGCUUUUUAUUAUGUGAUGGAGUUUUUAAACCUUACAUCAAAGGAACACUUAUCUCCAAAAAAGAUGACUGACAUGAUGGAAGAGUUCUGCUCUCAGCCUUGGGAAAAGCUGCAGGUGUAUUUUAGUGAUGUGAAGGAGAACUACCUGAGUGAAUACUGCUUUUCUGGCACCUACAUCCUCACUCUUCUUCUGAAUGGCUAUCAUUUUACAGCUGAGACCUGGAAGAAUAUCCAUUUCAUGGGCAAGGUCCGGAGCACCAGCGUCGGGUGGACUUUGGGCUACAUGCUGAACCUGACCAACAUGAUUCCAGCUGAGGAGCCGCCGUCUGCACCUCUCCCCCACUCCACCUAUGUCUUCCUCAUGGUCUUCUUCUCCCUGAUCCUGGUUAUAGUGGUCCUCUUAUGCAUAUUUGCCUUUCACAAGCCUUCAUUUUUCUGGGAAGACGUGGUAUAGCAGGAGCAGCUGAAAUCUGCUGGCUGGAGUGAGAAGAAAACUUGCCCAGGGAACACUUUCCUCCACAAGGUGUACAAGGUCAUGAUUCCUUGUUCACCAAGGCCAGUCUUGACCAGCAUGAAGCUUCCUUGGCUUUUGUUGAAGCCUUUCCGUGGGAGAUAUUCACCAUCCUCUGCCUCAAGGACUUCCUGGCAGACGUUGUCUCUGCUGUGAGUCUUUCCAAACUCCCCCCUUUCUCUUUUGUACUCUGUGCUUGUGUAGGUCUUAAAGACCUCCCUCCUUUUCAUGAUCUUUGCUAUAUAAAAGAACAAUAUGACUUUGUCCAGAAGCACUGAGAGUCCUGAGUCCUGUGCUGGGAAGCUGCGCUGGCUAAAAGAAGAAUCUCAGGAACUGAGUCAGUUGUGGUCUUACAGGCUCUUUCUCCUUCCUCUUUCCCAUUUAUUGAGAAAGUUAUAAAUGUCUUUGGAGAGGACAGACAUAUAUCCCAUUCCUAGCCUGCCCUUUGCAUGGGAGAAUUUUCUAGACUAGGCAAAUAUGUGCUAGGCCCAAGAGUCUUGCAAAGGAAUUUAUGUGCUUAUGCAGUUGAUACAAUAGUUAGUCCAAACCAAAAGAGGGAUGUGGAAGAGUCACAUAUUCCUGGGUGACCCCCAAAUGCUACAGUGGAAUACCCAGACCAGAUUGUUUAAAAAGCUGCUGUACAUAUAUAGGCAUUCAGAUAUCAGGGCAUGUUAUAUGGUAGGUGUACAUAUGUCAGGAAGAAAAAUACAGCCACAACACAGGGCUGGGAAAAUGCACCCUCCAAUACAUCUAUUGGGGUUUUGUUUUUAUUGUGGUAAAAUGCAUAUAACAUAAAAUUCACCAUUAUAACAUGAACAAUUUAGUGGCAUUUAAUACAUUCACAAUGUUGUACAACUGUCACCCCUAUCUAGUUCCAGAAUAUUUUCAUCACCAAGAAACUGGCUGGAGACAGGACCAUCCUGGGGUAGGCUUGAACCAUCAACCUUUCCAUUAACAGCCAAACAUGCUAACCAGUUGCACCACAAAGAUGAUCACUCAGUUUUAAAGCCAUGCCAUAUCUUACUGACCUGGGGUUUAAUUUAGUGAGAGAGUUAUUGCUGGUUUUAGGUUCUUUUGCUGUAAGCAUCUUUGCCAGAGACAUCUUUGCCACAAACAUUUUCACUGCAUAACUACUUGGCUGUAAAGCAGUUUUGCCAUAAAAGAUAAAAUAAUGAAAAACAAAAGAGGGAUAUUUAAAAAGCAUACUGAAAUGAAUAACAAAAUUCAAGGCUUUAUUGUGAAAUACAAAAUAUUUGAGUACAUUUAAAAUGUGUAUAGGUUUGUGGCAAUACUGGGCAAAUAACUGAAUUUAUUUUGUGGGUUAUACCUAAGCACCUGGCUUCCAAAUCUUUCAUUCAUAGCAUUUUAUAUAUUUUGUUUGUUAGUUUUUGCUCAUUGAUAUUCUCCUCCUCAUUUGGCAUUGUACUUUUCCUUUUUUGCUAAAAUUUCUUCCUUCACUAAAAGAGAUACCAGUUUCCAAAUACUUAGAGGCAUCUUUGUAACUGAGCUUUGCAUUGUGUCGUGAAAGCUUCUACAUGGUUGUUGUUUGUUUUUGGCAUAUUGUCACAUGCCCACUGAUAGACGUUCCUAAGUUCUGUGGGAAAUGUGGGUUCAACUCUGCACCUUCCAGAACCUUGGCCUCUUUCUCCUCCAAUGUACUGUGUCUCAAAAUAAGAAACCAACUCUUGGGGUAAAUCUACCAGCUCAAUAAAGCCAUUAAUAAUGUCACCAAGUGGAAGAAAUGCUAACGCAUUUCAACCAGUUGAAACCAAAGUGUCAAACCCAAACCUGUCAACCAGUUAUUUCAUCUUUUACAGGGAAUUUGCCUCACAGCCAAUCAAUUAUUCAAUGCAAAUAUUUGCAGUAAAAAUGCUUGUGGCAGUGAUGUCUAUGGCAAAGAUGUUUAAGGUGAAAGUACCUAGAACCCAUUUCAACAUGUAAUUAAUAUAUGUUAUUAAUGAGAUAUUUGUUUUUUUAUAUUAAGUUUUUGAAACCUGUUGUGUAUAUCAUGUUACAGCACACCUUAAUCAGGACUACAUUUCAGCUGCUCAAUAGCCACCUGUGACUCAUGGCUACUAUAUUGAAUAGCACAUUGUCUACAAGUAUAUGCAAAGCUAAAAAGACACAGGCAAUAAUAUUCUGUCUUUCUCUUGAGGGGGAAUUUUUUUUCACAGCUAUAGAUGCUAUAACAUUCUUGUUAUUAUUUAUUGUAUAUAAAGUUUAAGAUUGUUCUUAACAAGCUUUAAAGAUCUCAGCUCAGAAUUUCACUUUAUUGCUCAGGUUUUGUUGCCUUUUCCUGUGAAGAGAGAUGCCUAUUAUUCAGGCCAAUAUGCCUGAUGAAACACCUUUGGGAAAUUUAAUCUGGAUUCAAAGAUAAUACAGAUAAUUUGGAUGCUUAUCCUUAGUCAAAAUGUAAAUUUGAAUAUUAAAAUAAGGUUAGUUUCCUAAUAGCUCACAGAGCAAAGUUUACCAUACAAUAGUAAAGUUACUAUUAAAACAUAUUCUUAUUUAUUGUCAGUUUGAAAAGUGAGCAGAAUUUCACCCAAACUGGUCUCAUCGCUCUCUGAUUCAGAUUCUAAUAACUGCCAUCUGUGCUCACGAGCCAGGUAUUUCUUUUAGUUUGUGCUAGUUUUACUUUUUAAAUUUCUUAUAACAACCUCAAAGUUUCAGUGGCUUACCACAAUAAACAUUGAUUUUCACAUCCUUGGAUCUGCAAGUCAGUUAGUAUCUCUACUUCUUGCAGUUCGUCUGGCUCCAGCCUGACAUAUUACACACUCUCCUUGUCUGGUGGCUUCCUGGGCCAUGUUCCCCUUAUGUGGCAGGGCACAAGAGAGGGAGAGAAGAUACAGGAUGCCUCUUCAGGCUUUGGCUAGGAUGGUCCCCCUGUUACUUCCAUUCACAUUCUAAGGACCAAAAUAAGUCAUGUGGCCAAGCCCAACAUUAGCAAGUUGGAGAAACACUGGGAGGAAUGGCAGAGUCAUGGGGCAAAGGACAUGAAUGACUAAUUUUAACAUGGAAAAGUCAUGAAACAUUGGGCACAACGAUUCAGUCUACCCCGGUGUCUCAUUAACUAAAAGGUGUGUUUUCUGUAAAUUACAAUCUACUUAUCUUGCCAAAGAAUAUUCUUUUUAAAAAAUGUCAUUUCUUCCAAGACAUCAUCAAUUGCAACUUCUUUCCACAACCUUAAUCGGGACGCUUCAGCAGCUCCCAAAUCAGUCUCACAUUCCAAAAUGAUAGAUUUUCUAAGAGACCGUUUUAUCUUCUUUAUUUUAUGUAUUUAGGUCAAUGUAUAGUAACUACCCAAGUUUUUAUUUGCAUGUGAAUCUAAUACAACUGAACAUAAUUAGCUUUAACACAGGUUUAAUGGAUUUUUUAAUAAUGGGGAAAGGAGUGUCUCUAUGAGCCCUCUCUUUAGAAAGUGGCAUUUAAGACUGUACAUGUGAUAAAAGCAUUGCUAUA